CUAGGCAUGCAGACUGCUUCUACAAACAUUUGUGAAAGAAUCGGUUACUCUCAGGAUUUUGGUGAAUUCAAGAGUGGUACCGUGAUAGGAUGCCAUCUGUGCAAUAAAUCCAUUCGUGAAAUUUUCUUGUUACUAAAUAUUCCAUGUUCAACAGUUAGUGGUAUAAUAACAAAGUGGAAGCAAAUGGGAACAACAGCAAUUCAGCCUGUCUGCAGAGUCAAUAGCUCCAAACUUCAUGUGGGUUCAGAUUAGCAUAACAAUAGUGCAAUCUGAUGGACAUGUCUGGGUUUGGCGGUUGCCAGGAGAAUGGUACUUGCCUGACUGCAUUGUUCCAAGUAUAA